AUGGGAGCAGCUUUGAAAGUCUUGCAGCAGCAAUUUUUGGAUGUGAGCGUGGAAACCAUCGUUGACCCGACAAUUAUGAAGUUUUCCACUAAAAUUUACGCCAUGCAACACAGCAAGUUCGAGAAUGUAUUGUUUCUUGACGCGGACAGCGUUCCCGUGCGUGACCCGACGUUCCUGUUCCGUAGUCAAGAAUAUCGCAAGCAUGGUGCUAUCUUUUGGCCGGACUUCUGGCAUCCGGACAAUACCGUGUUCGGCAUUCACCGCGAGUCACUGUUGUGGGAGCUUGUCGAUCUUCCCUUCGUUGACAUGUUUGAGCAAGAGAGUGGGCAAAUACUCAUCAAUCGGAAGCGGGCUGCGCUCGCACUGGAGGUGCUUAUGUUCUUUGCGUCACAUCUCCCCAACUACUUCAACCGACUUUUACUGGCUCACGGCGACAAGGAUCUCUUUCGACUAGCCUGGAUGAAAGCACAUGCGUCCUUUUACAUGAUGCCAUUCCCACCUGCUUCGGCGGGCCCUGUGUGGGGAACGAACUCGGAAAUCUUUUGUGGCAUGACUAUGGUCCAGUUUGACGUCGAUGGCGAUGUUCUGUUUCUUCACCGCAACGCCAAGAAACUUGGCAGUACGGCUGAUCAUCACGACUCGCCGUUCUGGACCCAUCUGCAGACGUUCAAGUGGGAGCGACCGUUAGCAGUGGACGAUGAUGAAGACACUGUGACUACAUCGAAUCGGACGGCAGUGCAGCGCUUGCGAAGUCACGAAGACAUGAAGCAGAUGUAUCGUAUUGGCAAUGUCGGGAACGACAAAUAUUUCAAGGGUCUUGAUUCUUGCUACGGCGCAACUGUCGACACUAUGGAAAACUUUGAACUCACGAAGUUUGAAGAUUACCAAUGGCUAAUUUAG